CCCGGAGGGUGCAGGAACAAUUGGCACGCAAAGCACAUCCUUCAGAACGUUUUCCGAACACGAGCGUACAAAUACAGAACUCGCGACGCUGUGCAAGGUGUAUCCUGUGAGCCCUGUGGCAGGGCCUGGCGCGGCACGAUCCGUAUGGGAACUAAGUCCAGAUCCCGACAUGGUCGGGCAUCUACCGAACAAUCCGAUAUCUGGUCAUCAGAAUCACGGUUCCGGCAAGGACACGCGACAGAGGAAUCGUCCUGACGACAAUAUCUAUGCGGACGAAGCUACCACUGGACAAAGUCCCACCGAUGAGACCAAACAGAUCUUUGAAUUGCUCAGAGCCGGUGAAAUCGAGGCAGUCGAGGAGCUGGUCGAGAAAAACGGACUGAAUGUACUUAGCGCGAGGGACGAAUGGGGAUAUACACCUGCCCAUUGGGCUGCUUUGGACGGCAACGUUGAAGUAAUGAGAUAUUUGAUAGAACGGAGCGGACCCGUCGAUUUACCGUGCCUUGGCACCCAAGGACCCAGGCCGAUACAUUGGGCCUGUCGGAAAGGCCAUAGUGCGAUAGUACAAUUAUUAUUGAAGGCGGGAGUUGCGGUUAAUGCGGCCGACUUUAAAGGCCUAACGCCUCUGAUGACCGCCUGCAUGUUUGGCAAAUUCGCGACGGCCGCCUUCUUGCUAGGAUCCAGCGCGCAGGGACAUUUGACCGACAUAAAUGGUGACACCGCGUUACAUUGGGCUGCAUACAAAGGACACGCCGAGCUCAUUAAGCUAUUGAUAUACAGCGGAGUGGAUCUGCAAAAACCUGAUUACUUCGGUUCGACACCGCUCCAUUUGGCCUGCCUAUCCGGCAACGUCAGUUGCGUCCGGAUCCUCUGUGAAAAGAGUAAAAUUGAGCUUGAACCGCGCGACAAAAAUGGCAAGACGCCGCUGCAGCUGGCCAAGAGUCAUCGCCACUCGGAGAUAGUGCGCAUUCUGCAGGCGGAACAAAAACGUCGUGCCAGAUGGAUACCGCCCAUUAAUGAGCUAUGGGCGCUACUGUUUGGCGGAGCGGGCAACAGCAAGGGACCGUUGUUGUUGUUCAUGAUAUCCGUCCUGCUAUGGGGAUACCCGAUGUACCUGUUGAAGUGCAUUCCAUUAACGUGGAAUCUCUUGCGAGGCAGUCAUUAUUGCUUCAUUUACUGGAACAUUCUCAUGUGGAUCUCGUGGAUCGUCGCUAACAGAAGAGACCCCGGUUACGUGCCGCAAAACAGUGACACCUACUACAGGGCGAUAAAACAGAUUCCGUACUUCGAUAAGUGGAAGAAACGGAAUGUCUUACUAUCGCGAUUAUGUCAUAGCUGCAGGUGUUUCAGACCCCUCCGGGCUAAACACUGCAGAAUUUGCAACAGAUGUGUCACAUAUUUCGAUCAUCACUGUCCAUUUAUAUACAAUUGUGUUGGCCUACGCAACAGAAUGUGGUUCUUCCUAUUCGUUAUGUGCGUGGCGAUAAAUUGCUCUUUCACGUUAUAUUUCGCGUGUUAUUGCAUCGCAAUUGAGGGAAUACAGCUCUUGUAUGUUCUCGGUGUACUGGAGGCUCUCGUCUUUUGCGGGCUCGGUUGGAUUCUAACGUGUACCUCGGUCUUACAUGCAUGUAUGAAUUUGACUACCAACGAAAUGUUCAAUUAUAAGAGGUAUUCAUAUUUGAGGGACAAGAAGGGCAAAUACUUGAAUCCUUUCAGUCGAGGACCCGUGCUUAAUUUCAUUGAAUUUUUCCUCUGUCCGCCGGAUCAUCAAACCAACGAUCUUCAGCAUUAUCAUAUUCUUUCGGAGGAUGUUAUGUAAGAUUCACGGGACAUUAUGUACUUGAAUUAUAAUAUUACACCUGAUACUUCGUACACUCUUUCGCACAGAAAGAUAAGCGUCAAGCGCGAUCUAUGUAUACAAUGGUAUACAUUAUUUUUUCAUGUUUCGUGUACAUUUGCACAUGAAGAUUAUCAUCACUUAUGAAAAAUUGUCAAAUUGUCAAUCUCUGUCUUUAUUCUAUACUUUAUAUCGCGCUACAUUUGGCUGCCAGGAUACAAACUUGCAAAGAUGUAGUCAAGAAUUUUCUAUAAGUUAAUGUUUCAAUAAAUACCUUGUAAAAUUAAGCUUUACAAUUUAUUAAAUAUAUUCGUCGUUUAUUAAAUGUAUCGUACUACUUUACUCGCACAUAGAAAUAUUGAUAUAAAAUUAUAUAUUGAUAUAAGAUUAAUAACACAAUAGAGAGAGAUAAAAAAAUCUUACUGUACUAUAAAGUAUAUUACGACCGGUUACGUUAUCAGAGAUAUGCUUUACAGCAGAGCUGAGAUUUAGUUAUCCCUUAUUUCACCAACCCGCGUGCAGGAUCCAAACU